CCCCGUUGCUUUUUCUUUUUCUUCUUCUUUUCUUUUUCCUGCCGAAAAUGCCCCUUGGCGUGCACUACUUGAUCAGCUCUCCAGGAAAUCUGCUACGACAAAUCCUCGCAAUACAAGUCAUUAUGGCAUUCUCUGCAUGCUUUCUUAUUUUCAUCACAACAAACACGGCUGUAUAUCGAGAUGCUUCUGUAUAUUACAGCGAACGACAAAGUACACCAAUCACCAUCAUUCUCAGCGCAAAGGCGUUUGACAGCAUUGCUUUCAUACAGCAGACGCAUCGACUUCUGCCAAGCAACGGUCAUCAGCCGCCACGUCCACGCAUCGCUAUAUACACCACGAAUGUUUCAGACGACGACGGCCAAAUGCUGCUCGAUGUUUCAGAAGACAUGACAGCACAACAGCAGCAGCUGGGUGACAAUAGCGAUGCUGUCCCUAUGGAAACUGCGGGCUCGGUUACUACUGCUGGUUGUAGUAGGAGUCUCCUGGUAAAAGUACUGGAGACAAUCAUCACCAAGAAACAGUAUGAUGAUGGUAUUGUAUUAUGGAUAGACCCCACUGUCACCCUAGCAAACGCGCAUCUUUUACGCGAACUCCCGAGUCUAGUGCUGCAAAACAACAAUAAUGCUGGCAUAUGGGCUCCGAAAAGCAAUAGUGUUCUUGCACCCGAGAAACCCCCAUCAUGCAGCAGUGGUACACUACCACGGAUUGUUGGUUUCGAUGCCAGUAACAAGAUGGUUGUCAAACAUCUCCUCACCAAACUUCGAGCGUGUGAACAAUAGGAAGAUGCAUCUUAUUCUUUUGAUUGAUUAUACCUUUUUUUUUCCCGUAAUAAGAAAAACAAAAACCCAGUGGCACCCCUAACAGUGGUCUGUCUUAGUAUUAUAAAGUGGUGGUGGUGGCCCUGACGAUGAAACUGUGCGACGACG